CUUACCGCAUCACCAGCCCUCCAGUCUCAUCACUUUAAUUUCUUCAUCUUACAACCUCCACGUACUCACCCAGUUCAUGGCGAUAGCCGAGUCAUCACAGCUCUAGAAAACCCCAGUCCCAGUCUCCUCCCUCGAAAACACCUCACAGGACACCGCGGUUGUCGCGCCGCGCUUAUAUCCAAGCUGAACCUCACCACGCAAGACCAAUAACCAAACAAAUCCCUCCAUCACAGUCACAACCAUGGACCCCCUCCCUCUCCCACGAGAAGCCGAACUUAAUGCGACCCCAAUGACCGGCCCAGACCCUCUCACCUUUGAAAAUAAAAACAUUCUCCACGCCCACCUCGAAAAGCGCUACUCCACCAUCUCAAUCCCCUCUACCUACGGCCACCUCAACUCCGGCCCUCCACCAGGUACAGUCGCAGGCAUCGUCCUCGGCACCGUCGGCGGCGUCAUCCUUAUCCUCUAUCUGACCUUCCUGGCCCUGAACCCCGGCGGUCUCGCGCGGGGGAACUCUGCCUCCGUAAUAGACGAGGAAGUAGUCACCGUGCGCAGUCGGCGCUCCCCGUCACACCGGAGCGAGGUCAUCGAAGUCGUGGAGGAGCGCGAGCGUGAUCAUGAUCGUCGUCGCGAUAGUUAUCGGCGGCCCGGGUCGAGACGGCAUAUCACUGUUGAGGAGUCGGUGACGGGGACGUCGAUGACCGAGCAUUCGGACGUUGUGGAGGUUAUUGAGGAGGAGUCUUCUGGUUUAUCGUCAGUCUCGCCGUCGCAUAGGAGGGGUGGAGCUGGUGGUGGGAGGGGUUAUCGGACGGUGGAUCCGCGCGAAUAUGGAGGCGGGAGCUCAUAUGAUGGGGACAGUCAGUAUCGUUGAUUGUUGGGGGAGUUUGGUGGGCCUUAUGCUCCUUGGGCUUCAUAGCUCGGAGUUUCGAUUUAUUUGCAUGUUGCGAUACCCUUUCUCUCUAUACCUAAUGUCUUAUGAUCAUGUUCUCGAUGUGCACUAUGAUGAAUAUUAUGUUUGACAUUUCUCUACUUCCAGC